AUGCUUCCAAGUCAAUACUCUACAACGUCUCCACCUGUGUCAGUUGAUUCAAUGGAAACACUAUGUGACUUUCUUGAUGAUUUAUAUACUUCGAAUUAUUUAGCAAUUAAUAAAAAUGAACUAGAGGAAAGUACCAUUCAUCGAAUUUAUACCGAUUUAACAACAGUUGAAAAUCUUACUAAUGAUGAAUAUGUGUCACUUUUACAUUUGAUUAAUGAAGACAUACCAACAGCCGAAAUGAUUGUAUCAGAAAAUAUAUUUACUUCCAUGGAAUCCGAUGAUUCCCAAUCAUCUGUAAGAAGUAACACUCCAAUCCCUUCGGAUAAUGAUGAUAAAGAACAAUUUAAUCCGAAAGAAUGGCUUGUUCGUGAUGCUUCUUCACGUCAAAUUCGUCAACCAAAAUUAUAUGAAUUUCUUCAUUUACUUGUCGAUAAUUCACGUUAUAAUUCAUAUGCAUCUUGGUUAAAUAAAGAUGAAGGUUUAUUUAAAAUUCAUAAACCAGCUCAUGCUGCUAAUCUUUGGAAACAAGUUAAAAGACGAAGAACUAAAGGUUCAAUGGAUUAUGAUACAUUUGCACGUGGUAUUCGAUACUAUUAUAAAUCUGGAUCAAUGAUUAAAACACAUACAAAACACACGUACUGCUUUGCUACAAAUUACCAUCUUUAA